UUGGUUCUCUCUCUAUCUGCUUCUCUCCUCCUCCUCCGGCCUGCUCUCUUUUGAGAAAAAAACCCUAAAAUAUCAUUUCUUAAUCAAAUGUCCAUUAACGCUUCAGAAAUUGCUUAGAACACCUACUUUUUCUGAAGUCGAAGGGAACGCUCAAGAGUUCUUCGCGCACCAUUCAAGCCGAAUAUCAUCUCUAUCAACUCAGCUCCGCCGCCGCUUGAGUCCAUGACUGCCAUAGAUCAGCGUCAAAUUCGUCACCACGAUGAGAGCGAGGCGAAGCCCAACAAAAGGAAGAAGCUAAACCACAAUCCAGAGAAGAAUCUGCUCGUGAAUCUCAAUGCUUGCUCCAAAUCCAAGGACCUCAAAGCUGCCAUGGCUUUGUAUGAUGCAUCCAUGGCUGCUGGCACUGUACACCUCGGACAGCAGCACUUUCAGACCCUUCUUUACCUUUGCUCUGCCUCCACGACUGAGCCGUCACUGAAAACCAUAGCCAUUGAUCGUGGAUUCGAGAUAUUUGAGAGGAUGGUCUCGUCCGGGAUAACUCCUAAUGAGGCCUCCAUCACUGCAGUGGUUAGGCUUGCUGCCACCAAGGGCGAUGGUGAUUAUGCUUUCAAGCUUGUGAGGGACAUGGUUGCGACGGGCGGUGGAUCCACACCGCGUCUAAGGACCUAUUCGCCCGUAUUGUUUUGUUUCUGUGAGAAAUUGGAGGCUGAAAAGGCCUAUGAAGUGGAGGAACACAUGGAUACUGCAGGGGUGAUGUUGGAGGAGGCUGAGAUCUCUGCUUUGCUGAAGGUAAGCUCUGCCAUAGGCCAAGAAAGCAAGGUUUAUAGAUAUUUGCAUAAAUUAAGGGAAUGUGUCGGUUGCGUUAGUGAGGAAACUUUGAAAAUCAUUGAGGACUGGUUCAGUAGUGAUAGAGCUAGUGAGGUUAGUGACAAUGGUAUGGGUAGUGAUGUGGGUUUGCUUAGAGAAGCUGUUUCAAAGAAUGGGGGUGGGUGGCACGGGUAUGGAUGGGUUGGGGAGGGAAAGUGGAUAGUGGAGAGAGGAAAUGUGAGCCCGAUUGGAAAAUGUUUGAGCUGUGGAGAGCAAUUGGCUUGUGUUGAUACAAAUGAGGUAGAGACGAAUAAUUUUGCUGAUUCUUUGGCAUCUCUGGCUAUUGAGAGGAAAGCAAAGAUGACUUCCAACGAGACGAUAGCAAACUUUACUGAGUUCCAGGAUUGGCUGGAAAGACAUGGUGAUUAUGAAGCUAUACUCGAUGGAGCAAAUAUUGGACUCUACCAACAAAAUUUUGCAGAUGGUGGUUUCAGCCUUCAACAGCUUGAAGCUGUGGUGAUGGAACUCUAUCAUAAAAGUGGUAACAAAUGGCCACUUGUUGUCUUGCACAAGAAACGAGUCCAAGCCCUUCUGGAUAAUCCUUCACACCGGAAGUUGGUCGAAGAAUGGAUUACUAAUGGCGUCUUGUAUGCUACGCCACCCGGUUCCAAUGAUGAUUGGUACUGGCUGUACGCUGCAGUUAAGCUCAAGUGUCUGCUGGUGACGAACGAUGAGAUGAGAGAUCACAUUUUUGAACUAUUAGGGAGCAGUUUUUUCCAAAAGUGGAAAGAAAGACAUCAGGUUAGGUAUACAUUUGUGAAAGGGAACCUGAAGUUGGAAAUGCCACCUCCAUUUUCAGUUGUCAUUCAGGAAUCUGAGAAAGGGUCAUGGCAUUUCCCAAUGUCGCACACAGACAGCGACGGGUCGUCAAGAACUUGGCUCUGCAUUACCAGACCCAUUGCUCAAUCACCAUGAAUCAACGGGAACAUCAACUCCGUUACCAGAAAAGAAAUGUCUGUCUCCCGAUUGAAGCCUCUGUUUCAAGUUGUGGUUUUUCAUGUUGAAGAAGAUUUUGAUUGUUGAUUUGAAAUGGAUGAGGAGAGGCACAGAGUUUUCAAAGUGGAUGAGUUUGUGUGUUUCUUUUUUCA